UAUUUUCAUAAUUAAAAUUUACAAGUUAGAGUUACAAGAGAUUCUCAUUCUUUCAAGACUUGAUCUAGUGUUCAAAUUUUAUUUAAAUUUUGUAGAUUUAAUUCGUGGUUUUAAACAACUAUUUGAUUUUACAAUCAUUUUUCAGUAUGUUUAUGCGUUAAGUUAUGUUUGCACGCACUCAUUGACUCAGUAUUCAUUUUUAAGUACAUUGAUUGUGAUAGCCGAGGUCGAACUGACGAUACCCAAAGAAUCUACAAAAUGGCGUUCGCCGGGCUCAAAAAACAAAUAAACAAAGCGAAUCAGUACAUGACUGAGAAAAUCGGCGGAGUCGAAGGUACCAAACUCGAUGUCGAUUUCGUGGACAUGGAAAGGAAAACCGACGUUACCUACGAACUGGUCGAAGAACUACAGCUGAAAACCAAAGAAUUCUUACAGCCCAACCCCACUGCCAGGGCCAAGAUGGCUGCCGUUAAGGGAAUAUCAAAACUGAGCGGACAGGCCAAAGCGUCCACGUAUCCGCAAGCCGAAGGUACGCUCGGUGACUGCCUGCUCUUAUACGGCAAGAAACUCGGCGACGACAGCCUGUUCGGUCAAGCGUUACAGGAAAUGGGCGAGGCGCUCAAGCAAAUGGCCGACGUCAAAUACGCCUUGGACGACAACACCAAACAGAACUUCCUCGAGCCUCUACAUCACUUACAGACAAAAGACUUAAAAGAAGUUAUGCAUCACAGAAAGAAGUUGCAAGGAAGGAGAUUGGACUACGAUUGCAAGCGAAGAAAACAAGCUAAAGGUUCACACGUGAGUGACGAAGAACUAAAACAGGCCGAGGAAAAAUUUGCCGAGUCUUUGCAUAGCGCUCAGAUAGGAAUGUUCAACUUGCUCGACAACGACGUGGAACAAAUCUCGCAGUUGACUACUUUCGCCGAAUCUCUACUCGAGUACCAUCAACAGUGUUCUGAAAUUUUGAAAUUAGCCUUUAUGGAAAUCCAGGAAAAGCGUGACCAGGCAGCCAGUCGGCCGAAAUUAGAAUUUGUGCCCAAAACCCUUAACGACCUGCACCCGGUGGACGUGAUCUCAGACGACAUCAACGACGAGUAUGAGUUGAUGGAACCACGACUCGCACACGUCAAAGGUAGUUCGCGAGCUUCGUCCCCGACGCACUCGAAGUCGGAUUUCACCUCGGGAUCGAACCAUCACGAUAACCAGCAUCAACAGCCACAUCACAAUGCGUCUCCAGUGUCUUCUCCAGUCAAGUCUGUUCAACGGCAAAUACCACGUAAUUCGCCUUGCUGUACCGCUCUGUAUGAUUUCGAGGCUGAAAAUCCGGGAGAACUCGGAUUCAAGGAAGGCGAAACGAUUAUACUGUUAAACAGGGUGGACGAGAAUUGGUUCGAAGGCAGCACAAACGGCCGCACUGGAUACUUCCCGGUCACAUACGUACAAGUCGUCGUUCCAUUGCCAUAGUUCUCUCUAUAAAUGUUUUUUUUCAAACAGUCGUUUAUACAUAUAUAUGAUUUAAUACUAAAUUUAACCUUAACUUAAAAAAAAAACCUUC